GAUUCCACAUGCGGACACCGAACACCGCAUUCGACGCACGCGAGAGCUGCAGCGGACAAACGCGAUUGGUGCCGAUCAGGACUCUAGUGAUUCCGCAAUACACAGUUAAAACAGGCGAAGGGAGCAGAGCUGCUACUUACCCACAUGUGUAAAUCAUCUAUUUGGACAAGUUUAUUCUGGAAUUCGCUGUUUUUUUGAAAGAGGACGAUCUUCAAACAUUCAAUUGAGAGGGUGAUGAUAAUAUGUUUUGUUCGUUCAAGGUCUCCCAGGAAAACUAGUGGAGCACAGCCGGCGAAUUCAAGCGGAGCCCAGCAGUUAGCUAGCUGUAGACUGUUAGCUAUCCUUUAGCUCAGAGCCGCUAACUCGUUCACUCUCGCCAGGCACCUGCACACCGUGCUUGUCCUGUGUCAUAGCUAACCGCUAAACAGUCAACACCGUGGGUCCCGCUCCUCUGCUCACUGCUGGUUUUAUUUUAAGUGCUGGGCUGACAUUAAGGAGGAGAGAACCGUGACAGGUUGAGGGCGAAACAAACGGUGUCCUUAAGUGGCCGUUCAACAUGGACAACGCACACACAAAGACGGUUGAAGAAGUUUACAGCUUUUUUAACGUUAAUGAAAGCACUGGUCUGAGUUUAGAGCAAGUGAAGAAACAACGGGAACGAUAUGGACCAAACGAAUUGCCAGCUGAGGAGGGUAAAUCCCUUUGGGAACUAGUGAUUGAACAGUUUGAAGAUUUGCUUGUGAGAAUCCUUUUACUUGCUGCCUGCAUAUCCUUUGUACUGGCCUGGUUUGAAGAGGGGGAAGAAACCGUCACAGCCUUUGUGGAGCCUUUUGUAAUCCUACUUAUUCUCAUAGCAAAUGCUAUUGUAGGAGUCUGGCAGGAACGAAAUGCAGAAAACGCCAUUGAAGCACUUAAGGAGUAUGAGCCAGAGAUGGGAAAAGUGUACCGCCAGGAUAGGAAGAGUGUCCAGAGAAUCAAAGCAAGGGACAUUGUGCCUGGAGACAUCGUGGAGGUGGCAGUUGGCGAUAAAGUGCCUGCAGACAUCAGGCUGUCUUCUAUCAAGUCCACCACUCUGAGAGUAGACCAGUCAAUUCUUACAGGAGAGUCUGUAUCUGUGAUCAAACACACUGACCCAGUGCCUGACCCACGUGCUGUCAACCAGGACAAGAAGAACAUGCUCUUUUCUGGCACCAACAUUGCAGCUGGUAAGGCUGUUGGUGUGGUGGUGGCCACAGGUGGCAACACAGAGAUUGGGAAAAUCCGAGAUGAGAUGGCAUCAACAGAGCAGGAGCGCACACCACUUCAGCAGAAGCUGGAUGAGUUCGGACAGCAGCUAUCUAAGGUUAUUUCACUGAUUUGCAUUGCUGUGUGGAUCAUCAAUAUUGGACAUUUCAACGACCCCGUCCAUGGAGGCUCUUGGAUCCGAGGCGCUGUGUAUUACUUUAAGAUUGCUGUGGCUCUGGCAGUUGCUGCUAUCCCUGAGGGUCUCCCUGCUGUCAUCACUACUUGCCUGGCUCUGGGAACACGCCGCAUGGCCAAGAAGAAUGCUAUUGUCCGCAGUCUGCCCUCUGUGGAGACCCUUGGCUGUACUUCUGUCAUCUGUUCUGACAAGACUGGCACACUGACCACCAAUCAGAUGUCUGUGUGCAGGAUGUUCAUCAUUGAUCGGGCAGAGAAUGAUCAGUGUUCAUUAAAGGAAUUCACUGUUACCGGCUCCACAUAUGCCCCAGAUGGAGAAGUGUUCCAUGAUGGCAAACCGGUCAGAUGUUCCCAGUAUGAUGGCUUGGUGGAGCUGGCUUCUAUCUGUGCUCUCUGUAACGAUUCGUCAUUGGAUUAUAAUGAGACCAAAGGUGUGUAUGAGAAAGUGGGUGAGGCCACUGAGACUGCUCUCACAUGCCUGGUGGAGAAGAUGAACGUGUUCGAUACGAAUGUUAAAGGCCUGUCCAAGAUUGAGAGAGCCAAUGCCUGUAAUUCUGUGAUCAAGCAGCUAAUGAAGAAGGAGUUUACGUUGGAAUUUUCCAGAGACAGGAAGUCCAUGUCUGUGUACUGCACUCCUAAUAAGGCCCGUUCCUCUGUUGGCAAGAUGUUUGUAAAAGGUGCCCCCGAGGGAGUGAUUGACAGGUGCACACACGUCCGUGUAGGCGUCAACAAGGUGCCCAUGACUCCUGGCAUAAAGGAUAAACUCAUGUCUGUGAUCAGGGAAUAUGGAACUGGCAGGGACACCCUGCGCUGUCUGGCACUGGCCACACGAGACAGCCUCAUGAACAAAGACAACCUCGUGUUGGAGGACUCCAGUCGCUUUAUCGAAUAUGAGACUGAUCUGACAUUUGUUGGCUGUGUGGGCAUGCUGGAUCCUCCCAGGGCUGAGGUGGCAGCCUCUAUUAGACUCUGUCGUCUUGCAGGCAUCCGAGUAAUUAUGAUCACUGGAGACAACAAGGGGACGGCAGUGGCCAUCUGCAGACGUAUUGGUAUUUUUGGAGAGGAUGAUGAUGUUUCCAGCAUGGCGUUCACUGGCCGAGAGUUUGAUGAUCUCUCGCCUGCUGCACAGAGAGAUGCUGUUGUCAAGGCCCGGUGCUUUGCCCGUGUUGAGCCUUCACAUAAAUCCAAGAUUGUUGAGUAUCUUCAGUCCUAUGAUGAAAUCACAGCUAUGACUGGUGAUGGAGUAAACGACGCUCCGGCUUUGAAGAAGGCUGAAAUUGGUAUUGCCAUGGGUUCAGGCACAGCUGUGGCCAAGACCGCCUCAGAGAUGGUGCUGGCUGAUGACAACUUCUCCACCAUUGUGGCUGCAGUCGAAGAAGGCAGAGCCAUUUAUAAUAAUAUGAAGCAGUUCAUCAGAUACCUCAUCUCUUCAAACGUGGGCGAAGUUGUCUGCAUCUUCCUGACUGCCGCUCUGGGGUUCCCUGAAGCCCUUAUUCCUGUCCAGCUGCUCUGGGUCAACCUGGUGACUGAUGGUUUGCCUGCCACUGCUUUGGGCUUCAACCCACCAGACUUGGACAUCAUGAGCAAGCCGCCACGCAACGCCCGUGAGCCACUCAUCUCUGGAUGGCUCUUCUUCAGAUACCUUGCCAUUGGGUGUUAUGUGGGUGCUGCCACUGUUGGUGCUGCUGCCUGGUGGUUUGUUGCUGCUGAGGAUGGUCCAAGGAUCACCUUUUACCAGCUGAGUCACUUCCUCCAGUGUGGUCCAGAGAAUCCAGACUUCCAGGAUCUGGACUGCAAGGUGUUUGAGUCCCCUUACCCUAUGACCAUGGCCUUGUCUGUGCUGGUCACCAUAGAGAUGUGCAAUGCCCUGAACAGUGUGUCAGAGAACCAGUCUCUGCUGAGGAUGCCUCCCUGGGAGAAUGUGUGGCUGCUGGGGGCCAUCUGCCUCUCCAUGUCUCUUCACUUCCUCAUCCUCUAUGUGGAACCUCUUCCAAUCAUCUUCCAGAUCACCCCUCUGAACUUGACACAGUGGCUGAUGGUGCUGAAGAUCUCACUGCCUGUCAUUCUCCUGGAUGAGUUUCUUAAAUUCGCAGCCAGGAACUACCUGGAGCCCGGUAAAGAACUGGAGAAGCCCGCCAGUUCCAAAGGCUGCUUCCUGUCUGCAUGCAUGGAGGGCAUCUCCUGGCCCUUUGUGGCCAUUUCCCUCCCCUUGGUCCUCUGGAUCUACAGCUCCGACACUAACAUGGCCGACAUGUUCUGGUCCUGACUGACUUGAGCACAACCUCGACUUUUCCAUUCCCCACCCCACCCCACCUCACCUCACCCUCACGCCAUCACUUCCCUCUUUCCUCUCCCUCUUCCCUCUCUGCCUUCCUACAUGUGCAUAGCUAGCGUGUGUGCGUGUUUGUAGAGUUAGCGUGUGUACUUGUGUGUGCCUACCAUGUGUGUAUGAGAAGGACCAACUUUAACACAUGAAACGUAACAAAUAAUAUAAGAUGAUGAUGUUGAGAAUUCAUCUGGUUUGAGUUGGGGAUAGGAUUUGAUUACGGGUGAGGCUUUAAAUGCGAGUGUUCAAAGACCAUCACUCCUCUAGCUGUGGACUUUGUUGCUGGUUUGAAAGAUAAUAUACUAUUGCCAUUUUUUUCUUAAUGUCAAUAUUGCCUGUAAGGUUUAUAUUUUUAAUGAUUUGGGAAUAUCAUUCUUAUGUCACUACAACUAAUUGUUUUGUUUUGCAUCCCUCUUCAAGAAAAUUAAGAUAUCAGAAAUCCAUUGAUUUGUACAGAGAUCGAAUUUUAUGCAAUUUUUUUUUUUUUUUUUUUUUUUUUAAUGGCUUUGUAAAUUUUUUGACCAGCGUGGCUUAGACAUUCCGCCUUGAUUUAUUUUCUAAUGUUUACCAUUGUGUCUUCAGUAUAAACUCAGAACUUUUUCAGAAAGGACAAGCUCUGUGUGGCAGACGAGAGGACGGGGAAAGGUUUGGGAGUAAAUGUUCCGAUGCUCCGCUGAAACAAAAGAAAAUCCUGAAAAACAAAAUCCGCAUGUCCUGUGACCAAGCAUGAACUCUGUGUGGAUUGGAUUCUCAUUUUUAAUUUAAUUGUGUGUGCCCCCCAUGUAAAAUAACUUCAUUGAUGUUUUGUUUUUUUUUUUAACUAUAAUAAUUUGAAACCAAGCCAGUUUUUCUGCACUGGGCAGAGCACAGCUACCUCAAUAUGAUAAAAAGGUUUUUUGUUUGUUUUUUUUUGUUUGUUUUUUUGUUUUUUUGCUCAUCUCUAGAUGCUUUUCCUAAAUGGUCUUGCUAAAGCAUAACAUCUGAGGUGUGCCCCUAUUUGCUUGUGCAGAAAACGGAACAAAAUUUUCCUUCCCUCUAACAUUUUUAAAGAUAUCUUUUGUUUGUAUUGAUUUUUGGUUUUUUUUUUUUGGCAUUCAUUAACUUAAUGUGUUUUUCUUUGAAGACAGAACAGAGUGGGGAUGAUGUAAACCAUCUCCAUGGCGUUUGAUUCAAAGGACAGUAAUAUUAAAAUCUUAAAAAAUACUAAUAUGAAUCCUAACCAAAUGAACUUUGAUUACAAAAAGAACCCAAAAUGAUGUUGUUGAUUUUUUUUUUUUUUUUUUUACUUUGAAGAAAAAUACACUCAUAAACCCUUUGAAUCAAAGUGUUUUCUGUCUUUAUUUUAUAUGACUGAGGCCAGUGGCUGUCAACAUUACUCAUAUCCAGUGUUUUUUGUAUCUACAUAUAAUACUUGAAUACAACUCAUUUUAGUCACUAAUACUUCAGUUUUCUUGGCACAACAUGACUCACAUCACAGAGAAAACAACUUGUGUAUAUUUGACUCUUACAGGCUUUAAUAUUAAGAGGUUGUAGUUUGUGCUAGACUUGCCAUACUUUGUGGUAGUGUGUACAUGUUGGAUCAGAGCCCAUACAGUCAACUGCAUCUGUCUGUGACCCCUUAAACAUUUUUAUGGAAAUGUAUUUAUGUAGGGGGCAAAGAAAAAAAACUGCUUAAAGCAUGCUUUUGGGUAAAAGCC